CACGACUUUUACUCUUCACAUCUCCACCACCACAAAUCAUGAAGACAUCUCUGGUCCUCCUUGCCCUCAGUCUGCUGGCUUGUUCAGUUUGGAAAAUCCAUGGGCAUCGCCAAGAGGUUGACCCUGAUGACCAGGAAGUAGUGGAAGCAAAGCCGAAAAAGUGCAUGGUAACAGUGGAAAAGCGCAUGGAGCAACAGCUAAAGGGGACCUGCUGGGUGUGUAAGUGGGCACUGAACAAAGUGAAGAAAUCCAUCUCCGCUUCCUCUAGCCAGGAGGAGCUAAAGCAGAAGCUGUUGUCUGUUUGCGAUAAUGUUGGCUUCCUAAAAUCUAUGUGUAAAGGCCUGGUGAAAAAACACUUGUGGGUGCUGAUUGAGGAGCUUAGCACAAGCGAUGAUGUGAGGACCAUCUGUGUUAACAUUAAGGCCUGCAAACCAAAGGAAGUUUUGGACCUGAGCUACUGACCAAGCAGCCAGUAUCCAGAUUCCAAAGUGAGAAGAUGGAUGUUCAGGUGUCAAGACAAUGCUAUGCUGCCAGCCUCUUGCUCUUUCUUUUUCAAACUAGUCACAACACAAGCAUAUAAAUGGAUAAUGAAGUUAUUGGAAUUAUGUUAUGUUAUGUUCUGAAAUAAUGUUUUGGGAACAUGUGUUAUAAUUAAGCAAUAAGUCCAGAGGGAGUGUGGUAUUUGGCCAAUCUACCGUGGAUAAGGACUGUUCUUAUUCACCAUACAACGUGGAGAGCCUGGAUACAUCCCUUAUCUGUGGUGUAACGGCCCUAUACCAUAAACCCCUGAGGUGCCUUGUUGCUAUUAUAAACAGGUUACCAAUGUAAUUAGAAAGUAAGUAAGCUGUUUUGCGUCAUACCCAUGGUAUAUUGUCUCUUAUGAACUGGGUGGUUCGAGCCAUGCAUGCUGAUUGGCUGACAGACAUGGUAUAUCAGACCGUAUACCAAGCGUAUGACCAAAAAAUACUUUACUGCUCUAAUUACAUUGGUAACCAGUUUAUAAUAGCAAUAAGGCACCUCUGGGGUUUGUGAUAUAUAGCCAAUAUACCACGGCUAGGGCUGUAUCCAGGCACUCUGUGUUGUGUCGUGCUUAAGAACAGCCCUUAGCAGUGGUAUAUUUUCCAUAUACCACACCCCCUUGGGCCUUAUUGCUUAAAUCACCAUCCAGGGAUCAAAUGAUCCAGUUUAUAAUAAUGUAUGUGUCAAUUUUAAAUUGCACUCUAUUUUGUAUCACAUACAAAUGUAAAUAUUAUGCUAUUUUAGUCCAAAAGGUUGAAAAUGUUUGUGUAA